GAAAUCUUCAGAGACAAGAACGCCUUUCUAUUGUUACCUUAUCCAGCGAUGGUGUGAUUGUGCCCAACUAACAUCGUGUCAAUAUUUUUAUUUAAACUAUAGUUAACAAAAUAACGUCUUAAUAAGUACCAAUAUGUCCAUCAUACUUAACAAAAUAUAAGAAAGUCACAGUUUUUUUUAAAAAUGUUCCCAAAAGAAAAUUGUCACUAUGGUCUAUCUGACUUUCAUCGUCGCUGAUUUUCUAUAGUUGAUUAUUCCGACAUACCGUUUAAUGAAUCAGCAACAUGUGUAGCUUACAAUAUCCUGUUCAUGUUUUUAAUUAAUUUAUCUCACACUUUAACAAUAUCAAGGGGUCAUGCCAUGCGCGCGCAUCAUCAAACUUAUUCCGAGAACACUUUAUCAAACGGUAUUUUAAAGAAAAACGAGUCAUGUAAAUAACCCAGAAUAGAUUUGCAUUCAAUUUCGUUUGCAAAUAAAAUGUUUUUACUUCUUGCUUAAAUACUCCUUAAAUGCCUUGACAAAAAUCUUCCUUUUCUCGUUAGUAGUUCGCGUUGAAUGCAUUCUGGAUACUGCGUACACUCGGCAUUGAAAUGUUAAAAAUGAGAAAAUGUCGAUUAAAGUGACAGUUAAAGACGUCAUCUAGAACUUAAUUGAUUAUUCAUUAUAGAAUCCUUUUCAAAAAUAUAUUUUCAACUUUUGUUAUUUCUCGUGUGUACGAAAAAUUGUCUUCAAACGCAUAUGGUGCUGAAAAAAGACUUCAAGAUUUGUGCCCUGUCCUGUUUUUGUUUAGGGUCUGCCUGGGCUCGUUGCCACUGGUUCUCGUUGCUGGGUCGUGUGGGGUUGCGUUCAUUGAACAACGCCUUUCCUUGUUGAUUUUGUUUAUCAUAUUCAAACAGUGUUUUGCAUACAAUGCGACCAUCCUCGAUAUCGGUAUGUAGUUCCUCAAGUGAGCAUAACUUCAAUUCAAUUCAUCGUUUAUUGAUUUAUGGCAAAAUUCCUCGGAGCCAAGUCAGGUGAAUACGGAUUUAAUGAGAUAUAAUUAUCAUAUACAUAACAUAUACAUUAGCAUUUAAAAUUAUUGUUUAUGCAGAUAAAAAAUAUUUAAGGGUUAGGGUUAAGGUUUGGGUUAGGGCGUGUAUAUGAAAUAUGAUUAUUUGAUAUCAGAAUAACAUUUGACACUCUCAGAUUGUCGGUAUCCGAUGAAAAGUGAAAUAACCUAUUAAUCGCUCGAGAAGUUCUCUGAUCAUCAUUGAUCUGUCCCGCGCAUUACGAAUUGUUAAUUAUGACAUACAUUUUCUAUGUUUUCCUAUUUGGCUAUUUUUGGCCAUUGGAAAUUUCCUAUUGUUUAUUUAAUAAUCUGUUUUGUUAGAUUUUACAUUUUUACGACAUUGCAGAAUGUUAUUAUUAUACGGAUAUUUCACAGUCGUUCUGACGCCGUCAAAAGGAUAAAGACAUCUCAUCUGUGAUGUGGCUUCCAAUUCUUAAGAAAAUACGUGAAAUCGUAGGCAAUGUAUUUUUUUCUAAUUCCAGGCUUUAUUCAGAUUACGUCUAUUUUAACAAAUACAACGUGACUCCUGAAGAUUUUCACAACCGUGUGGUCAAAGGAAUAGGAGCAUUUCAGACAUGUUUAAGGUUUCAAAACAUAGAAGAAUGUGCCAACAACUUCAAUCAAAAGGACAGUGUCAGAUUGAACAUUGGUUUAUACUAUAUCUACAUAGGAUAUUUUCUGCGAGUAUUUCCAAAAGAUCAAGUGAAGAUCAUCAAGCUUGAAGAUUUUUCUGUUAAUACGUUAUUCCACAUGAGAAACAUAUUUUACUUCUUGGAAGUAGGGAUCCCUUCGGCGGGUAUAUUGAAUCGUGUUGUAGAUAUGCCAAAAACAAACAAUAACACAGAGAAAAAAACAAGUGCUGGAACUAUGUGGAAGAAAACAGUAGCAGCUAUAGAUUCAUUUUAUAAACUGUACAACCAGAAACUUGCUGAGCUUAUAGGACAGGAGUUCAAUUACAAUACGUAAAUUGAAACGUUUACAGCAAUUAUUUAGAUGUCGUGUCUAUUUAAGUUUACAUGCUUUAGAUUAUAUUUUCAUUUACAGAUUAACCGUUGAAAAAAAUGAAUUUUUACUAUUGUUCUUGUCCUGGGCUUAUUGAGAAUUGAAUCUAUAUUCUCACAUGUCUAAUUCCUCAGAAGAUCACAAUAUCAAGCAAUAGGGCCCUUGGGCCUUGGGUCGCUGACCUUAGGCAUGGCUGUAUUUAGAGUUUAUGAAGAAAAAAAUCUUAGUUUUAAUUGAACUGGGUGAGGGUGAUCUCAGUUUUACAAAGGUUUCCCCAAGAUCUGAUCAGGUGACUUAGUUUCUGAACCUGUAUGAUUUCAUUUCAAAUCUGCACUAGAUCUUGUUGAGAUAUAUAUGUUGAUCAAUUUUCGAAUAGGGUAAAAGCGUCAAUAACUUCGCAACAAUGUAUGUCACAAUAUCUUGAGAACAAUGUGAAAGCUGUGCUAGAGAACAACAAAGGCUACAAGUAAAUACACAUCUUUCUUAGACGAAGACUCGAAUUACACUGUUUAGUUGAAUUCAAUCUGAGUGACACAGUGAAGCUAAAUACAAGCAACUUACAAUAAAACUAUAAUGUACUAUAAAAAACGGUUAUGAUAUUUAGUCAAUGCAUUCAAAAAUAACAAAGUUACAGCCAGUAACAGCAAAAUGAAAUAAACAUUUCAAUAAUUUGAUCUUCAAAGUCAAGGUCAUUUAUUGGCGAAGGUCAAGAUCUGUCUGGUAAUUUUUAAAGGUCUAUCCUUAAAGUUUAUUAUGUUCAAGCUUGAAGUCAAUCAAUUAUAAAUAAGAAAGUAAUAGCCACAAAUAGCGAAAUACAAGGGAAAUUUGGACAUUUGACCUUGAAUGUCAAGGUCAUUUAUACAUGAAGGUCAGAGUUUGUCCGGUCUACUGAAAGAAUUUGUUCUGUUUGUUUGUUUCAUUUUACGCCUUUUCCCAACAGUAUUUCAGUCAUAUAGGCGGGAAGUGUCCUAACCAUUGUUGCUGGAGAGUUACACCAGUACUAGACUACCUUCCUUCGUGCUAAACUACCAAAGCAUCUACCGGGGAUCGAACCCACGCCAACUAGGUAACUGGAUUAGAAUUCAUCGACUCUAACCCCUCGACUACGAAGGCAGUUCACUAGAAAGAAUAAUCUUUGUAUUAAAUACCAAGUAUCAAGGCCUUGUGUGCUUGGCAAGAUGAUUUUUUAAAGAUUUCUCUAUAUAACUUUAUAUAGAAUAUAUAUUGUGCUCCUCUUAGUUCACGGUACUUAACGCUUUGAAACAAGAAAGAAAACAACAAAUGAAACUUAUGGUACAAAAAUUGUCAUAAUCCAUAACAUAUAGUUUUUUUUUUGCUGUAUUACACAAGGAAACAACAAUAUAUUUAGUCAAAAUUAGUUUAAAUGAGCCAGACGUAGACCAUAGGUGGGACAUUUUUAAAACAGUAUGUUAUCAUUAAAAUUGCGGUAAUGGUGUUCUAUUUCAGUUUUUUCAUGUUUCAGUUAAAAUUUCUUCAUGUUAUUUUACAUCAUUUUAAAUAUUAAAAGUAUAUUUACAUUGUAACUCAAGAUUUAUUUUUUCAACACACAAGAACAUUUAGAAAAUGAUGAUUGUUUCAGACACAUAUUUAAAUGACAAUUGUUGCUUUUCGCAGAAUUUUGUAAAAUGUUGUUCUGUAUAUCGUAAAAAUGUAUUGAUAUAAAAUAUUUUGCACAAAACUUUGUUUAGGUGUUUGAAUAAAAUAUG